GUGCUGAGCCCAGAGCUCUUGGCUGCCCCUUUUGCAGAUGCGAAGGGCCCAUGAACUUUGGACCCAGACGAUUGCUUAACUCUCCUCUCCCUUUCCCUCUCCUCUUCCUUUGCCUACUCCCUUGCCCCACCCCCCUUCUUGACUUCAUUUAAAUCCAUAGGCAUUUGCCUGGCCUUCCCUUUAACUGCUGGUUGAGCGGAGGAACAGUUGGAUCACCCUUCUGGGAGUGCGCCCCUCCCAGUGACUGCUGCUGGCUACUGCUGUGGGGACCUGUUUAUAUCUGGGGCCAGGGAGUGAGUAGGGCAAUGCCAGGAAGCUGGUGAAGGCUCGCCUCUCCUCCGCCAUGGUCGACAGCAUCAAAUAUGAAGUGGCCUCUCAGCAGGAGGCUGAUGCUUCCCCUCUGGGCCAUGGGACCAGCUCAGGAGCCCAGCAGGUAAAGCUGAAGAAGGAGAUCUCACUGCUUAAUGGAGUGUGCCUGAUUGUGGGGAACAUGAUUGGCUCGGGAAUCUUUGUCUCCCCCAAGGGUGUGCUCAUGUACAGUGCCUCCUUUGGCCUCUCCCUGGUCAUCUGGGCUGUUGGGGGCCUCUUCUCCGUCUUUGGGGCCCUUUGUUAUGCGGAACUGGGCACCACCAUUAAGAAAUCUGGGGCCAGCUACGCCUACAUCCUGGAGGCCUUCGGGGGACUACUUGCCUUCAUCCGCCUCUGGACCUCCCUGCUUAUCAUCGAGCCCACCAGCCAGGCCAUCAUUGCCAUCACCUUUGCCAACUACAUGGUGCAACCCUUCUUCCCGAGCUGCAGCGCUCCCUAUGCUGCUGGCCGCCUGCUGGCAGCUGCCUGCAUCUGUCUCUUAACCUUCAUUAACUGUGCCUAUGUCAAGUGGGGAACCUUCGUACAAGAUAUUUUCACCUAUGCUAAAGUAUUGGCACUGAUCGCGGUCAUCAUUGCAGGCAUUGUUAGACUUGGCCAGGGAGCCACAACUAACUUUGAGAAUUCCUUUGAGGGUUCAUCAUUUGCAAUGGGUGACAUUGCCCUGGCACUAUACUCAGCUCUGUUCUCCUACUCGGGCUGGGAUACCCUCAACUAUGUCACAGAAGAGAUCAAGAAUCCUGAGAGGAAUCUGCCCCUCUCCAUUGGCAUUUCCAUGCCUCUUGUCACCAUCAUCUACAUCUUGACCAAUGUGGCCUAUUACACCGUGCUAGACAUGAAGGACAUCUUGGCCAGUGAUGCUGUUGCUGUGACUUUUGCAGACCAGAUUUUUGGAAUAUUUAACUGGACAAUCCCAUUUGCAGUUGCCUUAUCCUGUUUUGGUGGCCUCAAUGCCUCCAUUGUGGCUGCUUCUAGACUUUUCUUUGUGGGCUCAAGAGAAGGCCAUCUCCCUGAUGCCAUCUGCAUGAUUCAUGUUGAGCGGUUCACGCCAGUGUCUUCUCUGCUUUUCAAUGGUAUCAUGGCAUUGAUCUACUUGUGUGUGGAGGACAUCUUCAAGCUUAUUAACUACUACAGCUUCAGUUACUGGUUCUUUGUGGGACUUUCUAUUGUGGGUCAGCUCUAUUUACGCUGGAAGGAGCCUGAUCGACCUCGUCCCCUCAAGCUCAGCCUUUUCUUCCCCAUUGUCUUCUGCCUGUGCACCAUCUUCCUGGUGGCUGUUCCACUUUACAGUGAUACUGUCAACUCCCUCAUCGGCAUUGGCAUUGCCCUUUCAGGCUUGCCUUUUUACUUUCUCAUCAUCAGAGUGCCAAAAGACAAACGACCUCUUUGCCUCCGAAGGACUUUAGCAUCUGCCACGUGGUACCUUCAGGUCCUGUGUAUGUCAGUUGUUGCAGAAAUGGAUUUGGAAGAUGGAGAAAUACCCAAGCAACAAGAUCCCAAAUCUAACUAAUACCAUCUGGAAUCCUGAGAUGUGGAAAGCAGGGGCUGGAGCCAAGGUAGCUGAAAAGUAGAGCUCACUUUGGAGGUGUCAUCCAGGAGCCUGGUUUAGGCAGCUUCAACCUUUGAACUUGCUUUUUAGAGAUGAAAAGUAACUUAUUUGUUUUGCUACAUAUUGUUUCAGAUUUUGUAAAAGGAUGGUAAGGCAGACUGUGGUGGGGUGUGGCACUUGUGGGCUUUGUUGUUCUAGGAGCACCUCUGGGUGUGACUACCUAUUCCUCUUUUCCUUUAAAGGGGCCAACAAUGCUUCAACUGUAUCUCCUUUAGAAAGGCAUGAAACUGUCACAGGUGCUGAACAAUAAUAAAAGGGUUAUGUUCCUA